AUGUAUGGACAAGGUUUAUAUUAUGAUUCAAUCAUAAUGGAAGCUGACAGUGAACCCGUUAUGGAAUCCCAACAAACCGCAACAGGUACUAGGAUCAGAACUGAGUUUUUUGAAAAGCUCAUGUUACAACAUCUGGCGACGGUACCACAGGGGCUCGUCCCACAAUCGGAAUGCUCUGUUCGUGCACGACCGAAGCAACAAGAAGGGGUUUUUUAUUUCACAUACUAUGAGAAUGCCCUACAUGCAGGAUGGGAAGGAUUCUAG